GAAGCCACAGGAGGUGUAUGAGCAGGGCAUUGCACCCCCCUACCCCCACCCCACCCCCCGCUGCCAACUGCAGUAUGGAUGGGGUGGGUUGAGUCAAGUAGGGGGUUCCCCAGGCCUCCAGCAGCACCAUGUGGGGUGAGGGGAGCACCCUUAUUUGGGGAAACAAGUUGUGACUGAUGAAAACAGUGGUGAGUAACUCUUGUUAGUUUCUCCUAGGCUGGCACUCUGGGGCGUCCCCUGUGCCCCCAGUGAGGACGGGGAUGCUGAGGCCCAUUGGAGCCCCACAGGCCCAGGACAACAGCGGGGGUGGCCGUCCUUGUUCCAUGUUCCAGCCACCACCAUCCCCCAACCUCAUCCUGCCAAGUCCUCCUGCUGUAGCUGGGGAAACCCUGGCCUCCCAGGACCCCCGAUGUGAGCCUUGUCAGAGGUCAGAGUGCUUGUUGGCUACUAAGGAAGGAAGGGGGAGGCACCCUGGGCUGGAAGAGUGUCUGGCUUUGAGGUUUACGUCCUAGUUCAGUCCUCUGCCUCAGUUUCCCCCACAGUUUCUCGGACCCAGGGACACCCAUGCCUCGUAGGCCCAGCUACCCUGCCCUGUGACUGGGGCCUGGUGCUUGCUUGCAGCUUUAAUGUCCUCUUUCAUGAAACAGCUAAGAGGCUGCAUGCCCUAACAGGUUGUGAUGCGAAGUGAAUCCACGCACUCGGUGCUUGGGCAGGGGUCUGCCGCCCACCUGGAUGCCCAGCAGCACCCGGCCGGGGCAGAUGAGUGAUAGCCUCCUGGGCACUGCACUGUAGGGCCUCGAACCCUAAUCCAGCGCCAGGAGCCCACCCCCACCCUGCUCACCAGCCUGGGCGGAGCGAGGGGCGGAGCGAGGGCGGGGCCGCAGACCUUUUCUCCUCGCGCCCCCGAGCACUGGCUGGGCGCGCUGCGCUUUCUGCUACGCUGUCUGAACCGACUCCACGUCCGUGAGUGGGUGAGUGGGGCCCCUGGCGGGGUGCGGGUCUGGUUGGAGAGUGGUACCCACAUGCCAAAGUUGUGAGUCCCUGUCAGGGCACACAAAAGAACCAACCAAUGAAUGCAUAAAUAAGUGGAACAACAAAUGGCUGUUUCACUCUUCUUUCAAAUCAAUAAUAAAGUAUAAGAAUAAAAGUCCGCUCUGCUUGCUCUCGUACCCGCUGGCUUCCUGCCAAUCCUGUGCCCCUAGCUUGCUGUGAUGGAGGCCGCAGCCCAGUUUGUGGUCGAGAGCCCUGAUGUGGUAUACAGCCCGGAGGCCAUUGAGGCGCAGUACGAAUACCGGACAACAAGGGUCAGCCGCGAGGACGGUGUCCUCAAGGUGCACCCCUCAUCCACGCGCUUCACAUUCCGGACCGCCCGGCAGGUCCCCCGGCUGGGGGUCAUGCUUGUCGGCUGGGGUGGCAACAACGGUUCCACGCUCACCGCUGCUGUGCUGGCCAACCGGCUUCGCCUGUCCUGGCCCACGCGCACGGGUCGUAAGGAGGCCAACUACUAUGGCUCGCUGACCCAGGCAGGAACUGUUAGCCUGGGCCUGGACACUGAGGGCCAGGAGGUGUUCGUGCCCUUCCACACGCUGCUGCCCAUGGUGUCGCCAGAAGACCUCGUGUUCGACGGCUGGGACAUAUCUUCGCUGAACCUGGCCGAGGCUAUGCGGCGCGCGCAGGUGCUGGAUUGGGGGCUGCAGGAACAGCUGUGGCCGCACAUGGAGGCCCUGCGCCCAAGACCCUCGGUCUACAUCCCAGAGUUUAUCGCAGCUAACCAGAGCGCACGCGCAGACAACCUCAUCCCUGGCACGCGCGCGCAGCAGCUGGAGCAGAUCCGCAGGGAUAUCCGUGACUUCCGGUCCUGCGCGGGGCUGGACAAAGUCAUCGUGCUGUGGACAGCGAAUACGGAGCGCUUCUGCGAACUGGUCCCAGGCCUGAAUGACACUGCUGAAAACCUGUUGCGUACCAUCCAGCUAGGUCUGGAGGUGUCACCUUCCACACUCUUCGCUGUAGCCAGCAUCUUGGAGGGCUGCGCCUUUCUCAAUGGGUCCCCGCAAAACACUCUGGUGCCUGGCGCACUUGAGCUCGCAUGGCAGCGCCGUGUCUUUGUGGGCGGAGAUGACUUCAAGUCAGGUCAGACCAAGGUCAAGUCUGUGCUGGUUGACUUCCUUAUCAGUUCUGGCCUCAAGACCAUGUCCAUCGUGAGCUACAACCACCUGGGCAACAAUGAUGGGCAGAACCUGUCAGCGCCGCCGCAGUUCCAUUCCAAGGAGGUGUCCAAGAGCAGUGUGGUGGACGACAUGGUGCAGAGCAACCCGGUGCUCUAUGCACCUGGCGAGGAGCCCGACCACUGCGUGGUUAUCAAGUACGUGCCAUAUGUAGGUGACAGCAAACGCGCAAUGGAUGAAUAUACAUCAGAGCUGAUGCUGGGCGGCACCAACACGCUGGUGUUGCAUAAUACCUGCGAGGACUCACUCCUGGCUGCGCCUAUUAUGCUGGACCUGGCGCUGCUGACAGAGCUGUGCCAGCGGGUGAGCUUCUGUACUGACUCAGAUCCGGAACCUCAGGGCUUCCACCCCAUGCUGUCACUGCUGGGCUUCCUCUUCAAAGCACCGCUGGCUCCACCGGGAAGCCCUGUGGUCAACUCACUCUUCCGACAGCGCAGCUGCAUUGAGAACAUCCUCAGGGCCUGUGUGGGGCUUCCACCACAGAACCACAUGCUUCUGGAGCACAAGAUGGAACGCCCCAGCCGCAAGCAAAUUGAGCAUGUGGCCACCGCCUGAGGUGGUGGCCAUACAGCUCCCAGCAACUCCUACCCCCUUUGCCUCUCUGGACCCACCCUUCCAGGCCUCCCCAAAGACAAUAAAGGCAUUGCCACUAUCAGCCA